AUGCCCUGCUCAGAUUUCGUGCUAAAUUCAAGAAAACAUUUGGACAAAAACAAUUCGGCAUUUGUCGAAGAAACAGAUUCGGACGUAGAAGUAUAUUUGGACGAAAUACCACAUUCAGUCUACAAUAACGUUAUACGUCAUAUACAAACAAUACCAAGAGUGGUGAGCACUUGGAUAAGCCAAGAAAACAAAAAGGAAACUUUAAAAUUCGAAUGUAGUAUUAAUUUUCGUUCUUUGUAUUUGAAUUAUUUGAAAAAAUCGAAGAAGAUUAAAAAUAAAGUCAACGAAAAGCAGUUUAAAAAAAUUUAUAAUAGAUAUGUUAAGAAAAGUUUUAUGGUAUAA